AGAACUCGAUUGCAGCUUUUCUCUCAUCAUCUCCGAGAUGGUCAGGAUGGGGUCCCGGAAUAUUUAUGUUUUGGCUUUCUGCCUGUUGGCGAUGCUGGCACUGACUUCAGCUACAUAUGUCAAACCUAAGCCACCGAAGUGCUCUCCUGUACGAGAAUUCGGGGCAUGUCAGUUGUUCGUGACCAAGGGCUACUGGAACAAAUGGGCUCCAAACAAAUACUCUGCCUGCUGUAGGUACGUGAAGAAGGAGUCGCUGGACUGUCUGUGUGCAGCAGCGAACUCGAAGUUCAAGUUCCAGGUUGACAUCAGCAAGGCUUUGGGGCUUGCCGCAAAAUGUGGCAAAUACUAUCCCAAGGGCACAGUACUGAAGUGCAAGACACCCGCGAAGCCCACUCCUAGCCCAUACUAUUACAAGUCACCACCUCCUCCCAAGAAGUCUCCUCCUCCUCCAUACAAAUACAGCUCUCCACCUCCUCCCAAGAAGUCUCCUCCUCCUCCAUACUACUACAAGUCACCACCUCCUCCCAAGAAGUCUCCUCCUCCUCCAUACAAAUACAGCUCUCCACCUCCUCCCAAGAAAUCUCCUCCUCCUCCAUACUACUACAGCUCUCCACCUCCUCCCAAGAAGUCUCCUCCUCCUCCAUACAAAUACAGCUCUCCACCUCCUCCCAAGAAAUCUCCUCCUCCUCCAUACUACUACAACUCUCCACCUCCUCCAGUCAAGUCUCCUCCUCCUCCAUACUACUACAACUCUCCACCUCCUCCUAAGAAAUCUCCUCCUCCUCCAUACUACUACAACUCUCCACCUCCUCCAGUCAAGUCUCCUCCUCCUCCAUACUACUACAACUCUCCACCUCCUCCUAAGAAAUCUCCUCCUCCUCCAUACUACUACAACUCUCCACCUCCUCCAGUCAAGUCUCCUCCUCCUCCAUACUACUACAACUCACCACCUCCCCCAGUCAAGUCCCCACCUCCUCCAUACUACUACAACUCUCCACCUCCCCCAGUCAAGUCCCCACCUCCUCCAUACUACUACAACUCUCCACCUCCCCCAGUCAAGUCCCCACCUCCUCCAUACUACUACAACUCUCCACCUCCUCCAGUGAAGUCUCCUCCUCCUCCAUACUACUACAACUCACCACCUCCCCCAGUCAAGUCUCCUCCUCCUCCAUAUUACUAAAAUUGCCCCCCGCCACCACCUAAGUUCCCUCCAUCGCCAACAUACUGUACUGGGGAGGAUCGGAGCUGGACAUGAGAUUGGAAGUCCACAUUCGGUGAUCGGAAUGUUCAUGGCUUUUCUAAAAUUUUCUGAUUGAGUGGCGCAUCGAGUUCUAAAAAGGUUCAGAACCUGAUGAUAUUCUUCUAGCCUCCCAGGAGAAGGAAGACCUUGAACUCUCUGGUGCGUUUGAGAGGAUCUUCCGGAAUUGCAGCUUUGAUUUUUGUCUCAGAUGAAAGUAUGUGGUAGACAUCAUGAUUUCCCUGCCUACUGAACUGUACGAAUCGGUAUGGUUUUGUAUUUUAUCUAGAUCUCAGGCCCGGUCGAAACAAGCUGGCCAGAGUUAUCUCUGUAUCUCGUGUUCAAAGACGCAAGAAGAAUAUAUAUAUAAACAUGCAUUCUGUGC